AUGUCAACAGACAGCAAGCGUGUGAUGGAAACAGGUAACUUCGGCAGUUCGGCGAGCUGCGGGCCCGUGCGCGUUGAGGCGCUGGCGAUGCGUGGUGGCGAGCGGCGCGGUGGCGGACGCAGCGGCGGGCGCGGCGGCCGGCGCGGCGCGCGAGUUGCGCACGGCGGGACCGCGGCGUCACCUUGUCCGCGUUGUGAUGCUCAGUGUACUGAUGUAGGUUCAUGUCCAGCUAUUUCGGUGAAAUGCUAUGUGUGCGGUAACUACGGCCAUCACGCUAGGAUGUGCAAAUGUAAAAAUAGUGUUAAAAAAAUGUAUGAAAUAGAAGUGAAUACAGAAAAAUCUGAUAAUGAUGAUUCGAUCAUCAAUCCGUCUAGCGUGGUCAGUAGGCGCAACUCUGCAAGAAAUGUGGCCUGCCUUUUGGCACAUUCUUCAAAAGACCUGUGUCAGAAAUUGAGGAGUGAAGUUUAA